UAUCACGAGUAAGCGUGUGCCUGCUUCACAGAAUGGAGAAUUCAGCUGUUUACAUACAUUGAAAUUAUAUACGAUCGAAACUAUCAUGCGUACGGCAUUAGUUUAUUCGCAGUGUAAGAUAUCUGGCUAUUUCCUUAUUAUAUGCUCAGGAUAUGCGCUUGUACACCGGAACAGGACGAUUUGUUCGAGAAUGUUUACACGUUGAUCACGUGUCAUGAGGCUGCCGUGGCGGCGCAUGCGCCGGAAGUGGCGGACUCGGAUAGCUGUCCUCGUAAUUGCCGCGUUCGUCGCUACAAACUUUUUUCUGGUCACGCGGAUAAGGCCACAGACGGUGCGAACAUGGAUACGUGACACUGGAUUGUUCCAAAUCCGCUAUGAUCCGUUUGGGAGCAGCUUAUCGGCGCGCGCAUGUCCACUCUCACAGGAAGUGGCUGUUACCAGGUCACGCGGGAGCCAAGAGUUUCCGGUCUGCACCAUGGAGGACUACUCGAGUCAUGCUGACAUCCAGAUGGAGGCAGUGUGGGACUCGGUCAGUGUGGGUUACCCGAACCUGGUGGUCAGUGUGACGGGCUGGGUGGACACUGUCCGGGUGGACCACUGGACCAAUAAACCACUCACCGUCAUCCUCGUCCCCCACUCUCACCAAGACCCGGGCUGGCUUAAGACGAUGGAGAGUUAUUUUGGGUCGUUCACCCGAGGGACUCUUGACACGGCCGUCGAUAUGCUGACGUCACAUCCGACAUGGACGUUUGUCUGGGCGGAAGUCGUGUUUCUGCGUAUGUGGUGGGAAGGCGCGUCUAUGGACCGACGGGAAAAGUUCAAAAAACUGCUGGCUAGCGGGAGGCUGGAGGUGGUGACGGGUGGUCACGUGAUGCCAGACGAGAGCCUCACCCACUUCGCCGCCAUUUUGGAGUCGCUCGUUCAAGGUCAAAGCUGGCUCAAGGACACACUCAAUUACACCGUUGAAAACGGCUGGGCGAUAGAUCCGUUCGGGCACAGCUCCACCAUGGCGUACUUGCUGCACGAGGCCGGCAUUAAGAACACCGUCCUGCAGCGGGCGCACUUCGCCGUCAAGCGGGAGUUCGCCCGGAAACGACAGCUAGAGUUCCGGUGGAGACAGGCAUGGGACCCGAAGGGGCGUCACGACGUCUUUUGCCACCUCUUCCCGUUCCUGCUGUACAGUAUCCCGUACUCAUGCGGCCCCGAGCGCCAUGUGUGCUGCCAGUUCGACUUUCAUAAACGCCAGUGCUUCCGGGGCACGGAGAAAGUUCCGCUGUUGGAGGUCACCAAGGAAAACGUGGAACGUCUUUCGUGGGACCUGUACGAGCAGCUCCAGAAGAAGGCGGAGCUGUACCGUAGUAACGUGGUCCUCCUGCCGCACGGGGACGACUUCCGGUAUGCGACUGAGGCCGACUGGCGUGCGCAGAUGUCCAACAUGCAGGCGCUCAUGGACCACAUCAAUAACAACACGCAAAUGGCUAUGAAGAUCCAGUUCGGCACACUGCGGACGUAUUUUGACGCUGUUCAUGCCGAGGCCCGGGAGAGCCGGCUGGCGUUUCCGGUGCUCAGCGGGGACCUGGUUCCUUACUCGGACCGCGGGGACCAGUACUGGGCCGGCUUUUACACCAGUAGACCAUUCAUCAAGUACCUCGCCAGGCGGUUACAGAGUCUACUGAGAUCAACAGAAAUCCUGUACACGUUUUCAUCUAGCCUGCUGGGGUUUGACGCCAAUAUGACGUCAUUGUACAGCAAGUUAGAGGCGUCACGACGGACACUGGCGAUCGUGCAACACCAUGACGCCAUCACCGGCACCAGCAAGAAAGACGUCAUGAACGACUACAGGAAGAAGAUAGCGGACAGUAUUCGUGACACUGGAUCUAUUCUUACCUCCUCUGCUGAGAGCCUUGUACGUCACAAAAUAGGGACACAGUCGGUGAAGAUUAUAUAUGCCGACGGUGGGCUUAUGCAAAUUUCACAGAAGGAAUUGCCAGUUCGGUUAUUGGUGUGGAACAGCCUUGGUAAGAAACGUAAAGAAGUGGCGAGUAUACUCAUCGACACAGGAAAUGUAACUGUCACCAGGGAUGGUUCCAUGACAGUGCCUGCCCAGCUGGGCCCGGCUUGGCAGGAGGACGGAGCAGUCAACAGGAAAUUGUUUCAGUUGUCGUUUGAAAUGGAUGCCUCGGCUUUACAGUUAUCAUCCUAUGUGAUCAUGCAAAGCACGGGUGUUGCCAAAAAUCAAACAUCCUUGUAUCGUGUUGUCGAAGAUACAGCACAUGUUCAGCCAAACAGUUCAGGUCUUUUCCCCGCUAAAAUGAUGAAGACUGGUGAAUUCUCGCUGUCAAAUGACGUCAUUUCCGGCACGUUUUCCAAGUGCACAGGACUGUUACAGUCAGUGCAGAAUCUUGCCAGCGGUCAGCGCUAUGAUGCAGCAAUGAGUUUUGUUUCCUACACCACCGGACAGAAGGGUCACCCGUUCAGGGAUAAAAGUGGUGCCUACAUAUUCCUACCUGACGGGGUGGCACAGUAUAUUACGGAGAAGCCGACUGUGUGGCUGGUUAAAGGCGUUCUGUUUUCUCAAGUGUGGGCAGUUUACAAGGAUUUCACAUUAGUGACAACAGUCUACGAGGGAAAUCACAGUGAAUUAAGAGCCGGAAUAGACGUCGAAGCUCAUUUCAACAUUGGUUCUUCUCGCUGGGAUAAUAAAGAGCUUGCACUCCGGAUACACACGAACGUUUUUAAUGAAGAACUUGCCUUUUGUACAGACGUGAACGGUUUUCAGUUACAUAAAAGGAAAACCCGCAAAAAAAUGACAAUACAGGGGAACUUUUACCCCAUGACGACGAUGGCCAUGAUAGAAAGUACUGACUUGAGGGUCACACUUCUCUCCUCAUACAGUCACGCUGUCGCCAGUUUAGCCUCCGGUUACCUAGAGGUGAUAUUGGACCGACGACUGAUACAGGACGACUGGCGGGGUCUGAAUGAAGGCAUCAAAGACAAUGUUCCAACCUCAAGCAGACUCUUUCUCCUGUUCGAGGAGCAACAGAAACCACUUCAGAAUUUGAAGAGGAAUACAAUGUGCUUUCCGUCUGCUUCAGCAGAAAAAGUCUCAGAUCUCAUCAACAACGAACUGUCAAUUUUAAAAAGUACACCUUUCCAUCCAUUUGUGAAAAGACGGUCGAGGGAAAGCGAGGGUGAUCCGUUUGAAGUGAAAUUAGUUAGAGAUUAUGAUUGGUUACCAUGUGCUCAUUUAGUCAAUCUACGAUUGGCAUAUAGCAAUAGUAUGAAAUCCAGUAGCGCCAUGCUAACUUUGCAACGUAAACAACUGGAUUGCUUUGUACAGGAUAUUCUGCCAGGCUGUCGUCACAAUAAAACGGCAACUAUUGAUCUCACCCGUUUGCAGCUGCCCAAAUAUUCUGUGACUGAAAUUACCAGCAAAGGCUCACCCGAUGGAUUCUCUCGCAAUGCAGAAACGAUGCCUUUACGGGACAUGUCUCUUAUGAAUUAUAAAAUAAAUUUUAAAUGAU